AUGGAGCACUCGGUGCGGCUCGAGCGGGGCCGCGGCCGCCGAGGAGGGAGAGGCUGGUCCCGGUCCCGGGGAGCGCGGGGCCCCGGGGAGAGGCCGCCGGAGCGGGAGCCGGAGCGGGAGCGGGAGCGGGAGAGGAGCGGCGGCGGAGGCGGCGGCGGCGGAGGCGGCGGCGGAGGAGGAGGUGGAGGAGGAGGCGGCCGGGGCUGGAGGGGGGCCCGAGGCCGAAGCCGAGGCUGGGCCCGGGCCCGGGGCCGGGGCCGGGGCCGGGGAGAGGCCGCGGGCUGGCGGCAGGAGAAGCUGCAGGAUGAAGAUGAUGUGGACAUUAAGGAAGAUUAUGAUCAACCAAAUGAAUUUUCUAGAAGACAAAUAGUUUCUAACUGGGAUAGAUACAAAACUGAAGAAAAGGAACUUGAAGAUAGUGAUGAACCUUCGCGAGGUACUGAUUUCAAUGUGCUGCUGAGUUCUGCAGGUGAUUCAUUUGCACAGUUCCGUUUUGCUGAAGAAAAGGAGUGGGAAGUAGAGGCUCCUUCCAGUAAACAGAUAUCACCCUUGUUUGUGGACUGCCAAUCCCUGGCUCAGGCCCUUCAGGAACUCCCACUCUACCUUAGACUGAAUGUGGAAGCUGAGUUGGUACAGAUAACACCCCCUGCUGAACUACCUCAGGUGACACUGAAGAGUGUGCAUGAUGGUCCAAGCAAAUUUAGCCAAUUUAGAGCUCAAGCAACAGGUCCCUCUGUGGCUGUGCAUACCAUCCCAGGCAGCUCUGUGUCUGAGGAUCCAGGCAAAGAUACCUUCAACCUCACGCUCACCCCAGUGACACAAGCACCCAAGGGUGCUCCUCCGGUACCGCAGCAAGCACCAGACAAGCUAGACGAAGAGCUGGAUUUUUUACUUCAACUAGAAACGCCUGUUGGCAAAAGUAAUGAUGUUUCCUUAAAGGGAACUCAGGAUGUAGAAGCUCUCUGUGAUCCUGAAACAGCAAAUACUUCAACCGACUCGUCUGGUGCCAAAGUGAUAGAUAAUACAAAUUCACAACCAGCAGAAACAGCGAAGAAGCUUGACCCUGAGGAGGAACUGGAAGAUUGGUUAGAUAGCAUGAUAUCGUAAUAUUGCCAUUACAGUCUUGCAAGUAUAUGAACGAGGACUAAAAACACAUUGACCCUAAACACAACGUGGCGUUAUCUUUUCUGCACACAGUAUGCAGUGGAACAAGAGCGGCUACAGUAUGUAUUUCAACAGUGUUCCAUUGCUGGAGUGUUAGAGAAAUAUUAACAAAUGUGUCUAAACAGUAUAUAUCAGGGUUUAUGCUUACACCUUGCUUGUGAAAUUCUGGUUGAAUGGCUUAGGUUCAGCAACCAAAUUCUAAUUCUAGUUGUAUGUGAAAGGCGAUUGCUGAGACAAGAUGUAAUAAAAACUGUAAAAUCCAUUAAUAAAAUGACCUGUUGCCGA